AUGUUCCCCAGCGCUCAAAUUAAAAUGAGUAUUUCUGUCAGAUUGAUGUCGCCAAGCAGCUCGCCGGCCACGUCACCCACGAUGUCGAACUCGUCGUCGCCGACGCCACCGACCCCGGCUGCCUCGGCCUACAGUCAAAAGAUGACCGGCAUACCCUGCGUCGCGGCGGCCUCGCGCUACACCGCACCCGUGCACAUAGACGUCGGCGGCACCAUCUACACCUCCUCCCUCGAGACCCUCACCAAAUACCCCGAGUCCAGGUUAGCCAAGCUCUUCAACGGGAGCAUCCCCAUAGUCCUCGACUCGCUGAAGCAGCACUACUUCAUCGACAGGGACGGCGGUAUGUUCCGGCACAUAUUGAACUUUAUGCGGAACUCCCGGCUACUGAUACCCGAAAACUUUGCCGACCUCGACUUGCUGCUCGAGGAAGCCCGGUACUUUGACAUCGCCCCGAUGACACGGCAGCUGGAGCAGCUGAAGAAGGAGCGCAUAAAGAACGGCGGGGCGCCGACACCGACCACGCCGCUUUUUCGGGAGCAGCACGCCGAGGCGAAGCUCCAGCAGCGGGCCACCGAGGGCUACGGCUGCGGCUACGAGUGCGUGGCCCUCCACGUGAGCCCCGACCUCGGCGAGCGGGUGAUGCUGUCGGGGGGCCGGGCCCUGCUGGACGAGGUCUUCCCCGAGACGACCCAAGCCGUCCUGGAGGCGCGCUCGGGGGUCGCCUGGCACGCCCAGGACGCCCGCCACGUCAUAAGGUUCCCCCUGAACGGCUACUGCAAGCUCAACAGCGUGCAAGCGAUCACGAGGCUGCUAAACGCGGGCUUUCGGGUGGUGGCGAGCAACGGCGGGGGAGUCGAGGGCCAGCAGUUCUCCGAGUACCUCUUCGUCAGGCAAUCGUUGCUCAACACCUGACGGGCUGCCGCUGCCGUGGCUCGUGGUGACGACGACGACUGUGGUGUAGAGCUCGUCGACUCGUCGUCGAGUCUCGUCGAUCGGCCCCUGACUCGGGGCUAAUAGGACCGAGGGAACCUAUAGGAUGGAGCUGUUUUUUUUUUUCUCCUUUUUUUUUCGUAAUCGGCUAAAUGACACGUUGUCGUUUUGAAUGUUCAACGUUGGCACUUUUGUCUUUUCAAUCGACGAUUUUUGUACAUAAUGUAUUACGAGCCGAACAAUAAUGCUCCUGGCAAAUGAAUAAUUAUUGAGUUUAAAAUCUAUAUGAAGAAGUUAAGGGGAGAGGAGGGGAUGAAAGAAACAUACCGAAAGUAACGAAACUCGCGCUACUGCUGCUAUUCUGUAAAUUAAUCGUAAUUUCCGUAAGUACGUGUGCGCACACUUUGGUGGAACGCGGGAGGAAGAUUAGAGAGGGAGGAGUCGAAAUUGUAACAUAUACAUAUAUAUUGGAAUCGGGUACACUUGAUUCGAUUGCAUGGGUCUCGGGGCGAGAUAAGUGAAUCGGCUUCUUCGCGAACGUGUGAUUUUCAUCGUCGAUCUCUUAAGUAUUCACCUCGAUGAUGAACCAAGUGUGUUUGCAAUUCCGCUAAAAUUUUUUAUUUUUUUAUAUUAACCACAUCACAUGCAUUAAUUAGCAUUGAUACAUUA